GACACAUUGUCUUUGAACUGGCACGAUGGCAACUCCACGAGGUCGAGGUUUAAAUGAGAAUGAAAUUCUUCUUGCUCUCAGUGAUUCAGAAAUUGGAGAAGAUAGUGACUUAGAAAAUCAAUGUGAACUUGAUGCACCAUGAAAUUUCGGAGACUAAUGAAAGUACGACGUCACCUGAUAGCUCGAGUGACGACGAUACCCCUUUGUCAGAUCUUUCUGCAUCCCGUAAUAGAAGUGUAAUUCGUGGAUCCUCUACGAGAAGUCGUAGAGGGUCGAGAAAAUCUACUCGUUGUCGUUCUUCAAGAGGUCGUCGUGGAGGUUCUAACGCGCCUGGUUCUUCUAAGGAUGUAGAAUUACACGAACGUCGCACGUGGACUUCCUCUGAUUUUCCUCCUCGAGAAAUACUAUUUUUCCGGCCUGCAUAUAUGGAAGUUGAUUCUAAUCAAUUUAACAGCAAACAAGACUAUUUUCAACAAUAUUUGGAUGACGAGUUGAUUGCUUUAAUUGUAGUGAAAUCUAAUCAAACGUUUGUAAAAAAUAUUGGAAGGAGUCUUAAUUUGACUGAGUCAGAGCUGUAUAUAUACAUUGGCAUCUCGUUAGCUAUGGGUGCUAUUGGAUUACCAAGACUGCGUAUGUACUGGGAGAAAAAGUACAGAAUCCCAAUAGUAGCAAGCAGUAUGUCCCGGAACCGUUUUUUUCUGUUAAGAAAUUCGAUCAAGUUUAUUUUCGAUGACGAUAUUGAAAGUGAACAACGUGACAAAGAUAAAGUUUGGAAAAUACGACCACUGUUAGAUACUAUCCUAAAAACAUGCAAAUUACAACAAAAAGACUAAAAUAUGUGCAUUGAUGAGAGGAUCAUUCCUUUUACAGGACAAUGUGGCAUAAAACAAUUCGUACCAGGAAAGCCAAAUCCUACUGGUCUUAAAGUUUUUGUUUUGGCAAAUGCCAAUGGAUUAGUAUGCAAUUUUGAUGUAUAUCAAGGAGUAACAACAUAUCCUCGAUAUGAUAAUACUACCCUUGGGAGAAAGCCGUGUUGAAUUUAGUUGACGAUUUUUUGUCUGCUGGUCACAAACUUUACUUCGACCGUUACUUUAUGACCCCGAGGCUUGCACGAGAGCUGAAAGAAAGAGAUAUUCUAUGUACCGGAACGAUAAUGAAAAAUAGGAUCCCAAUUGCAGCUAGAGAGACGAUUAAAGAAGACCGUGAAAUGAAAAGAGAAGGUCGCGGUUCAUGUCAAGUAUUGGUGAACACUUCAGAAAAUAUGGCCAUAACAAAAUGGUACGAUAAUAAAGGAGUUACUAUGUUAUCAACGAUGUACGCUAAAGACCCAACAGAUACAUGUGCCAGAUGGCAAAAAUCAGAGCGACGAUAUAUUCAAAUAGAAAGACCCAAGGUUGUUCAAGCCUAUAACUACAACAUAGGUGGUGUAGACCUUGCAGACCGAAUGCUCUCGAUGUGUCCAUACCGUUUCGUACCAAAAAGUGGACACAACGGGUGUUUUCACAUUUAAUUGACCUGGCUGCUUCUAAUGCUUGGAUUCUAUAUAAAAAAGAUAAACUCGCAGAGGGCAUUCCUGUUAAAAAAAUACAGCAUUUUCGUGACUUCAAGUUGGAAUCAGGAGAAAAUUGGAUUGAGAAAUACACAGAAACGUCAGGAUCUGAAACUCAAACAGAGACAGAGUCAGAAACAGAUAAAGAUGAAAAACCAAAAAAAAAAGAGAGGAAGACUGCAACUGUGGACCUCCCUCUACCUGAAAAAAGGACCAGAGGAGCCCGACAUAUGCCGCAAAUGAUGGAUACUCGAAACAAAUGUAGACACUGUCAUAUAAUGAAGACCACCGUAAAAUGCACGAAGUGUAACAUCUAUUUAUGUUUACGAAAAGAAAGAAAUUGUUUCAAAGAUUUCCACUCCUAAUUUCUUUUUUAAUUUUAUACUUCUAAGAUAAAUUACAUUUCAUUUAUAAAGACUUACUAUUAAUAAAGACUGAUUAUAAUGUGCCUUGUUUUGAUUAUUGUUUAAGUAAGCCUUAAUUUUUUUGUUUAGAUAUUCCUUUAUUAGAUGUUGCUUAAGAACUUUCUAUACUAUACUAUUAUUAAUGCCAAGAUGUCCUAUUGUUUUUUUAAGAGAUAAAGAGAUUGAAGUUUAAGUUGAUAUGAAGAGAGUUUAAGAUUUUUUGAAUAAAUGUUUUUAGGCUGAUAGUUGAUUGACUGCCUAGUGUUCAAUUUUUUCCUAAAAAAGUUUAAAUAACUAAAAUGAAAGAUUUCUAAUUCUUGUUUACUUUCAAAAGUUGAAGAUACUUUUUAAAGUACAUUACGUUUCAAUUAAAAAUAACAUUUAUUGUUUUAUUUUGAUUAAGUAAAAUCAUU